AUGCCGAAGAUCGCGUUCAUCCAUCCUGACCUAGGUAUAGGAGGAGCCGAACGACUUGUGGUCGAUGCUGCUUGUGGACUUCAAGCGCUCGAUAACUCUGUCGUCGCGUACACUCUGCACUGUGAUCGCAGUCACUGCUUUGAUGAGAUCACCGAUGGCGAACUUGCCGUCGAAGUUUACGGUGAUUGGCUCCCUACUACGAUUGCCAAACGAUUCCAUAUUGUAUGUGCCGCGUUGCGCCAGCUUUGGCUUACGCUUAGGCUCUUGACUAAUGGCGAGCGCUAUGACUAUUUCAUUGUUGACCAACUUAGUUACUGCUUACCGCUCCUCAAAAUAUUUGGUGGCAAUGCCCGAGUUGUAUUCUAUGGUCAUUUCCCUGACCAGCUUCUAGCCCAAAGAGGAGGAACCUUAAAACAACUUUACCGAAUCCCGUUCGAUUGGUUCGAGCAGUGGACAACUGCGUGGGCUGAUAAAGUGGUGGUGAACUCUAAGUUUACUCGUUCGGUGUUUCAAAAGACCUUCGCCAAUUGCCCCGAGCCACUUGCCGUUAUUUACCCGUGCAUCAAUGAUAACCAAACUAUAGACGUUGCCGCGAAGACCGAAAUAGACGAAUUUUUCAAAGAUUCGGAUGUGUUCGUUAGUGUCAACCGGUUUGAACGCAAAAAGAACAUCGAACUUGCCAUUGAGGCGUUUGCCAAAUUUAAAAAGACUCACCCUCAAAAAGUAAGACUUGUCGUCGCUGGUGGAUGGGAUGCUCGGGUUCGUGAGAAUGUCAUGUAUCUUACUGAGUUGAAUCAGCUUUGCGAGAAGUUGAAACUUACUCUGUUUACCAUUCGUGGUCGUCUACUUAUGAUGCCUCCACUGACGGAUGUGCUUUUCCUUCCGCUGGUUCUGCUGAAACUCAAAAAUGCAUUAAUUGAUCACGCUAACAUUUUGUUGUAUACCCCAAGCCAUGAACACUUUGGCAUCGUCCCUGUCGAGGCUAUGGCUCUUGGAACUCCAGUGUUGGCGGUCAAUAACGGGGGACCGCUUGAACUGAUUGUGCACUUCAAUCAACGUGACAACUUGGAUGUAGCUACCGGGUUUACUGUUGCCCCUGAUGUUGAAGAGUGGGCCUCAACGUUGUCAAAUUUCUAUGGCUAUAACACAGCUGUUAAGUCAAAGCUCGGAGCGAAUGGCCGCGAGCGAGCACAAGCGAUGUUCACACGCCUGAAGAUGGCAAAAUCAUUCAUGGAAGAACUUCGCACCACGGAUGCAAAGUCAGUGACGGCAAGAGUGAGUGCAGUAGUGAUUUUAGCUGCCUUAUUUGUGGCGUUGGUUGGAUUUGUUGUACAUAGACUUACUUGA